AACAACGAGUCUGUUGCCAAUCAAUCUGCACAGUUUCGGAACGGGACGGGACAUGAAGAGAAACGCAGAGAAGCACCGAACCUUAACGCCCCGGCUCAGAAGUAAUCACUUGCUCACAGACACAUUAUUAUUCCGUAAAAAGACAUUGCCCGAUAUCGAGUGGCCACUUCGUCCGUUGACGGUUUGAACUGCACGGAGACAGACAACAACAGACUCGGAGUGGGCGGAGAGAGGGGGGUGAGGCUACAUUCGCGGUCGAAAUCGGCCAACGUAUCGGCGUCAAACUUACUCCUACGCCUUUCUAUACCAUUUAUCAAAAUAAUUACAUGUAAAGAACACGCUGCAGCGGCAGCUCUAUUAAAAACACAUAAUCCGACAAGCAUCUUGCGCAGCUGCUAUCCGCACCACGCACCUGCAAAUAAAGUGGAGCGAACUGCAAACUGCCUUCUCCCCCACCCUUCCCUUCUCCACCCGCUCCGACCGAGCUCGUGCCCAAAGGCACGAAGACGCGUCGCACGUCGGUCGCACGUCUGCGGCUCGUGUGGUUCCGCACGAAGACGGUCGCUCGUCAGGUCGCUCGUUUCGCUUCGCGUCCAGACUCGGGCUGGUUCGGGCGAGUAUUUACAUCUUACAUCAAGUUUCACGAACUAUUUUAUGGACAUGACAGCAAACGAUAUCACAGUUGUUCAAUUCACUGACAGUGAGUUGUUAGACCUACCUAAUCAUGUUGAUUCGCUACUGAAAUCCAAUGGUCAUUUCAAAGAUGAUGGCGUUUUGCUGUUCAACAUGUGUGAGAAAUCUGGUGGAGGGACAUCUCUCCUGGAUUUGUUAAAUAAAUACAGUGUUGAUCUACAAGAAGUGAAGAAGGUUAAUCCAAUUUGUUUACCCAAAUGCGAUGAUUUCUAUGGGCACAUUACAAUAGGUCACAAUGAUCUGAAUGUGGAAGAGAAGAGUGAAGCUUUGGCUUUGUUUCUAAAUCCUUUAAGCUAUUCAGUUUCACCAGAAAACUGUUGCCUCUCUGUGUUAAAUGGAUUGGGUUCAGAGGAACUCUUGAAUCAUUUCUUUCUAAAAGAGCUACGUGCAAACUCAGAGACACCACCCCAGUACCAACGGCCCUCUAAUGUUACAACUUUGAAACAAAGGGCUACUAGAACAAGGAACAAAAGGAUUAAGUUUGAAGAGGCAUUUCGGAGUCUUCCGUCAGACAAGAGCAGAUGCGCCAAAUUGUUGGAAGAGUUACGUAGCUCACACAAGAAAAAUGAAAAAGAUUCAGUUGUAUUCUGUACCUGUUGGAAAUGUGUGUACUCUGAAUCAGUCUUGAAAGUAACAGAAGAUGGAGAGACUGUGGAAGAUCCUGUUGCAACUGCUAAAUACUAUCAAGGGAAAGGAUUUUUCUAUGCAAACGGCAUCGAAGUUGGGGCCGACAACGUAAACAUGAUCUCUGGUAGUUUCUCUUUGUCAUUCCUUAAUGUGCUCAGUCUGACGUCACAUCUGGACCAUUUCUAUCCUGGAGUGAAUAGUCCAUUUUUAUAUUUUGGUGGUCCUCAUUCCUUCUUCCCAGUUCAUGUGGAGGAUUUGUCUCUUUUCAGUAUCAAUUUCUUACAUCAUGGGCACCCUAAACUAUGGGUCAUCAUCCCACCAACAUCAGUAGCCAAACUACAUUUUUUUUUGUCUAGAGAGUUUACCUCUCCUACCCAGGGUUCCUGCCACAAUUUGUUACGGCACAAAUAUCACCUGCCAACACCAAACUGGCUGAAAAGAAAUGGAAUACCUUUCAAAGUGGUGAUUCAAAGACAAGGUCAGGGUGUAGUAGUUACCCCAAAUGCAGCACAUUUUGGUUUUAACUUGGGGUAUAACAUUGCAGAAGCGGCAAAUUUUGGGACUGUAUCAUGGAUUCCGUAUGGCAUUGUCAGUACAACAUGCACUUGUUUGUUGCACCAGGCACAUCCAGAUUUGGAACUUCUUGUUCAAACUUUCCAACCUGAUAUGCUCAGUGCAUAUCGAAACCAAAGAAUUCCUUGUGUUGAUAACGAUCCUAAUUUUUAUAAAAGUAUUGUGUGCAAUACAAUUUGGAAAGAAGCAUGUGACGAAGGUUGUGAUGCUACUGCUACUCUUCAAGACGAAUCACUACAGAGGGGAGGAGCAGCUCAAGUGGAAGCACCAGUUAUGUACCUAAUUAAGUGCCCCAAGAAGCCCUCCAAAAGGAAGCUUAUAAUGUGUUCACUGUGUGAUACCACUUACGAAGGUGGCCACAAGAAACGUUUGCUUGAUCACAUGAAGAGUGUUCAUCCACAGCCUUCAGCUGAUGAAAAAGAACUUAUGCAAAAAUCACUGCUUGAAAUGUUCCCAGAAAGAAUACCAAAAAUGGUUAAGAAAGAGUGUAAGAAGUGUGGCAAACCUGUAGCCAGAUCUAUGAAGGCACAUCAAAGCAGCUCAGCUUGCAUUAAGGGGGACCCUUAGUGUGUAUUUUUUUUUCUUUUUUUUUUCUUUGCAACAUGAAAAUGAAACCAGUGCAAGUCAGGAAGUAUAAAUAAAAGGGUAUGAUUUACAAAAAACCUUUAUUUUCUCAGCAACCUUUUCAAAAAGCACUACAACCUAAAUAAGAAAUAAUUUAAUUCAAGUCGAUUCUAUCUUUCUUGGAAUGGUGCUUUGCCUCUGCUGUGCAGACCAAUUAUCUGUGUCGUCAAGAGUGUUUAAAAUACUCUAUUGGCUUCAAUAUUACAGCUUAAGACGGAGCAUUUAAUAUAAUCAAACAUGAUAAUUGCAAAACAACAUUGAGAAAGGAACACAUGUAUGUAGGCACAGUCUCUUAAGGACACAGAAAUUCACCCAAAACCUUUAGAUAGUUACUUAAAAUAGAAGUAAUUCAUUGGAUUGUUACGUCUAAUCAAACAAGAACACACCAAUAAGUACAUUUUGAUGCUAUUGUCAAGCCACUAAUUCUUAAAGAAAUGACCUGAUUCGGUGUGAGACUGCUUUACAGAGCAGUACAUUUCCUUGAACCUUACAAAACUUGAAAUGAAAAAGAUAAAAACAGAACAUGCACUAUAAAUCAGACACAAUUCGUCUUAGAAAUUACUAGAAGACAUAUGAUUUGACGCUCACUGUAUCUUGAUAUUGCUUCUGCAGCCAAGAAAAAUGAACACCUACCCACUCCCCAAAGAAUUUAGAACAACACUACUUGGUAAUCUCAUUACCAUCCAUAGUAAUCAAGUAAUAACAUUUUACAGACAGUAAACCUCUUCCCUCAAGAAACAAAUAUUCUUUACCACUUCACAAACAACAUACCACAGAUGAAUAGAGAAAAGUUUAUUAGUAAGGGGGGACCCUAGUGAAAAACUGGCCAAAAUUGCCAAAAAAUGUAUUUUCAAAGUUCGAAGAUAAAAAUGUGCAUAGAAGGUUUCAGAUUCAACAGGUUGAACACCUUUAAGCUAAGUGGAUAGUUUCUUAAUAAUUUGGAA